AUUCGAGGAUUGUGAGCUAGAGUACUAAACUGGUUAAUAAUUUAAAAAAUAAAUAACAAUUUCAUAUCCAAAAAUGAUACUUGAAAUUAUAUUACUUAUUUCAUCUGUUACCCGAGCUUCUAUUUUAGAUCAUUUAUAUCUUUCCGAUGGGAGUAAAUAUUAUCCAAUCAAUGAUUGUACUUAUUAUGGUUUUUAUUGUAAUCCUUUGCAUAUAAUACCAUGCUGCGAUAAAAAUGACGUAUGUAAAGUAUUAAAGCGACAUGGUAACCAAGAAAAUGUAUUCACGUGUACGAAACCAACAAUGGCGGGAGAUUAUUGUCACUCUACAGCAGACUGCCUGACAUUACAUAAUUCAAAGUGCGAGCUUAACAAAUGUGAAUGUUUACCUAACUAUGUUUCAUCAGAGUCCAAAAAGCAAUGUGUUCCAUCUGUCAUCGGAAAAUCAUGUAGGAGUGAUAUAAACUGCAAGGAUUUAUUGCAUACCAAGUGCUCAGAUGAAAAAAAAUGUACUUGUAGAGAUGAUAACCAUAUUUUGGUAAAUAACGCGACGUGUCUUCCUCUUUUGAGAGAAUUUUGUUGGAGUAAUGAACGUUGUUGGCCAGAACAUUCUGUUUGUAUUAAUAAUGUAUGUCAAUGUAAACAAGGUUACAGAUCGGUAUCUAAUAAUAUGUGUGUAGAAUAACUUUUAGAUGAAUCGAGUCCAGAGAAUGUUGAUUGUUAGCAGUGAAUCCUGCAGCAAUUCAUUUUUAAAUUGAAAAUAAUUUGACACUGAUUUUUCCAAUAUUUUCAUACUCUAUGAAGUCUUUUAUAAGUCAAUGAUUUAUUUUUUUUCUUAAAUAAAAAAAUGACGUUCGUUAAACCUUAGUCGGGUCGAAAAAUUUGACCUGUUUUAAAUCUGAUCGAUUUUUAUUGGACACGAUCUAUUUUUGAACUUUUCAAAAGUUUUAGUCUGUUCUGUAUAAAAAAUGUUUUUAUUUUAGAAACAAAAAAUAAAACUUAAUUCUGAAAUCAAAUUAAUUCUGACCCUAAAUAAAAUGGCCGCAUUACGAAAUUCCUGCGCUCAAAAAAAAUCCCAUUCGGAGUGAAUUUUUUUCUAACCUCCAAAACUCCGAAUCGUAGUUAGUUCGGGUUUAAAUAAAACUCGUA